AUGGGUGCAGCAGCUCGCCUCAAAAUGGAGAAAGGCAUGAUCGAGGUGGGUAACCUGUCCUUCUUGAAGGAGCUGCUCUACCAGAUCAGUCAGAUCGACCUUCUGGCUGCCCACCUGGGCUCCGGCCGUGAGGAAGUGGAGUGAGAGCUGAAGAUCCGAGACAGGGCACAGGUGUCAGCCUAUAGACAACUGCUAUAUGGAAUUGCAGAGGACUUAAAAGAUAUCCAGAAUGUGAAGGUCCUGCUCCAAGAACAAAUACCAAAGAGUAUUGUUCAGGGUAAUGCUUCAAUGUUGAAGGUCUUAGUGGAAAUGGAAAGAAAUGGGAUAAUUAAAGAAGAUGACCUAACAAUGCUGAAAGAUAUAUUCAAGAAAUUUAGAGCUGACAUAAAGAAAAAAAAAGAGAUCUAUAAAGAAAGAAAAGAAAAUUAUUCUAAGGAAAAACUCCACUACCCAGUGUCUGUGUCAAUAUAUCCAACAGGACAAGGAGCAGAGGGGGAGACACCACACCUGCUUGUGGAAUCAUACAAGAUGAAAAAUAACCCCCAUGGUUACUGUGUGGUUCUUAACAACUACAAAUUUAAAAAUCCAGAUGAAGCCAGAGAAGGAACAGUGAAAGAUGGAGAGGCUGUGAAGAGAGUUUUUAAGUGGCUUCAGUUAGAGACAGUUGAGCACAUGGAUCUAGAAGCAAAGCAAAUGUAUGCAAAAGUUAAAGAAUACAGCAACAAAGAUCACAGUAACAUGGACUGUUUUGUUUGCUUCAUUUUCUCACAUGGUGUAAAAGACAAAAUAAAAGGUGUUGAUAAUGAGGUUGUAAAUAUUAAAGAUUUACUUUCCUGCUUCAGUGGAUCUAAUUGUCCUUCUCUUGCUGGCAAACCCAAGCUGCUUUUCAUCCAGGCUUGCCAAGGCUUUGUAGGUCAUCCAGCUGUCAUAGUAAAAGGAGACUUUUCUGGCCAUUUUGAAACUGAUGCUACCCCCCAGAUUUCAAUUCCUCAUCAGGCUGAUAUUCUGGUUGGCAUGGCUACAGCACCAGAACAAGAGGACACAGCCUCAAGCUACGCCAGGGGAAAUUUAGGCUUGAGGUGA